CAAACCUAUUUCAAAAUUAAAAGUGGCUAAAGAAGAAAAUAAUAAAAUGGAAUAUAGAUUUGAUCAGAUGGACCAAGCUACGAGAUCGUAUAACCUAAGAAUAUUCAGCCUCGAAGAAAAACCAAAUGUUACUAAACAUAUCGAAUAAGGACAUCUCUAUAUGCUACAGGAUUGGCAAGAAAGAAGAAAGGAAAACAAGAGGAAUCUUUCUGAAACUCAACGACGAGAAUAAAGAAGCAAUUUAUGGAAAGAAAAAGUUUCUCAAAGGAACAGGGAUAGUCAUAAGGGUGAACCUAACUAGAUCUAGGAUGAAACUAUUAAAUACAGCAAUCGAAAAAUUCGGACUCAAAAGUGUAUGGACCCAUAAUGGAAAAAAUCUACAUCAAUAAAGACAAUAGGGUGUUUAACAUUAAAAAUAACGAUGACUUUACACAAUUCUCACAACAAGGAGAAGCUCAAUAAUUAUAUCACAGAUAGCAGCAGUACUUUGCUAAUAAAUGAAUAUUUCUUCUCUUAGAAGAAAUUAUAUGAUCAGGUAUACCGGAAGAAAGAAACUGUCUCGAAUGUACUUCUUCAUCCUCCAUCUCAGCAUAGCGGACCUGAUAACAGCCUUCUUGAGUGUUCUCACCCAGCUAGGUUGGGACAUCACAUACAGAUUCAAGGGAGGAAAUUUUUUGUGCAAGUCAGUAAAAUACGGACAAACUCUAGGGCCUUAUUUGAGCUCGUACAUAUUGGUAGCCACGGCUCUAGACAGGCAUCAAGCCAUCUGCUAUCCUUUGACGUAUUGCUCGUGGACAUCCAGAAGAUCAAAAGUGAUGGUUUAUAUCGCUUGGACGGUCAGCCUGAUAUUUUGUAUACCACAGGUUACAAUAUUUGCUUAUGAAGAGAUUGAACCCGGAAUCUUCGACUGCUGGGCAACAUUCGAGGAAAACUGGGGAAAAAGUACUUACGUCAUAUGGUACAGCAUCUCAAUAUUCAUCAUACCACUGAUCGUCCUAGUCUACACAUACUCAUGCAUCUGUCGGGAAAUCUGGCAAAGUUCAGAAUCGAGUUUGAGGCCACGUAGCUCCCAGAAAGCAACCAGUAAAAAAAUGCCAUUCAUAUCCAGAGCAAAGAUAAAUACUGUCAAGCAAACCGUAGCAGUAAUCGUAAUAUAUAUAAUCUGCUCAGCUCCAUUCAUAAUGGCUCAACUCUGGUCCGUUAUAGACCCCGAAAAUCCUUUUCUAAAUGGUUCGGUCAUCACGAUCAUCAUGCUGCUAUACAGCCUCAAUAGUUGUGUCAACCCUUGGAUAUAUCUGACCUUCAACAGGGAGCUACCAAGGCUGCUGCUACGACAUUAUACAGCAUCUACCAAGAAUUACAGACCAGCUGCAGGGGGUGCAAUAUUACUGAGAACCCAAAGUCCGAGCAACUCGUCUAAUGAAGUACAAACGACAUCCCUUCGUCCGUUUUCGCGAUGGUCCCGCUGCCCCAAUGGCCGGUCUGCAUCCAAAACUGCCGCCCGUCCGACUUCCAGGCCUGGCGUAGCCCAACGUAACGCCCAGGGAUGGAUCGUGACGACGGCCACCUGAAACUCGGAGAAAGGCGACCUCAUUCGCCAACCGCCGAAAGUUAACUCAAACGAACAAUCAAUGCGUCGAUGGUGCCAAAUCGACGACGACAUCUCUGGGUCAUCGCUUGUCGAGUUGAGCGAACUCGCCACCGAUUAUACCGACGUAGAAAUUUCCGAAUCUGUGAUUUGAAUAGUUUUAAUUGGUUGUUAAGUUAAGGAUGGGAUAUUAUGUUUUGAAUUAAAUGUUUGGUAUACGGCUCUGGCUACCCUGUA